CAAAUAGAGAGAGUAGAUAAGUAUUCAUAAGAUACCUUUCAUCAUUUUCACCGUUACUAUUUUCUACUCCCUCAUAUUCUUAAGUUUAAACUCCCAAUAUAUUAAAUUAAAUACAUUUACAAAAACUAUAUAAUAAAAUAAUAUUAUUUGCCACUCUAAUACAAUUCUACAAGCACUAUAAAUAAGUGCCCUUCACACUACUACUUCCUCACUCAAGUCACCAAAACAUCCUUCCAUCUUCAUAUUGUAACCUAAAAACCUCUCUUUUUUCAUCAAAAAAACCUAAAAAAAUGUCACUAGAAACAUUAGCAACGAAUUUCUCUUUACUACCAACAGCAUCAUCCCUUCUUUCAGCACCUAUUUUCCUUUCAUUUGCUGCAUUUAUCUCCCUUUUUACCAUCUUUCUCUACCCAGGAGGCUUAGCAUGGUCUCUUUCCGCUGUUAAGAAUAACCGAAACGGCAACGGUAAGUCCGCUUCGGCUAUUCCCGGUCCAACAGGGUUACCCCUUAUUGGUCUCGGCCAUGUUUUCGCUUCCAAAAAGACUCACAAAAUCCUCUCUAAUAUUGCCACUAGCCUCAAGGCUACGCCCUUGAUGGCGUUCUCAGUCGGGUUGACUCGCUUCGUUAUAGCGAGUGAACCCGAGACUGCUAAAGAGAUUUUAAACAGCUCCGAAUUCGCUGAUCGUCCUAUUAAGGAGUCAGCUUACGAGCUUUUAUUUAAUCGGGCUAUGGGGUUCGCACCCUUCGGAGAUUACUGGAGGAAUCUCCGAAGAAUCUCCGCAACUCAUCUUUUUAGUCCUAGAAGAAUCUCCAACUUCGGAGGAUUCCGUCAGGAGAUUGGUAACAAGAUGGUCAAACAAAUCAACACCGUAAUGGGUGAAGAGGGGAACGUUGAGAUAAAAAAUGUAUUGCAUUUCGGAUCGUUGAACAAUGUGAUGAUGAGCGUGUUCGGAAAGAGCUACGAUUUCUUUGGUAAGAGAACUGAGGAAGCUGAUAACCUUGAGGAGUUGGUUAAGGAAGGGUAUGAAUUGCUUGGUAUUUUUAAUUGGGGUGACCAUUUUGCCCCUCUAAAAUGGUUGGAUUUACAGGGUGUUAGGAGAAGGUGUAAGAAUUUAGUUGGAAAAGUGAACAAGUAUGUUGGUAAUGUGAUUGAAGAACAUAGGGCAUUGAGGAGUGAUAAGGUUGAUGAUGAUUCAAAGGAUUUUGUUGAUGUUCUUCUUGAUUUGGAAGAUGGAGAAAACAAGCUUUCUGACUCUGACAUGAUUGCUCUUCUUUGGGAAAUGAUCUUCAGGGGAACAGACACAGUAGCAAUCCUCCUAGAGUGGACUCUAGCAAGGAUGGUGGUGCACCCUGACAUUCAAGCCAAGGCACAAGCCGAAAUCGACAGCGUAGUCGGAUCCAACAGGCAAGUCUCCGACUCAGACCUCCCUAACCUACCAUACCUCCAAGCCAUCCUCAAGGAAACCCUCCGAGUCCACCCACCAGGCCCCCUCCUAUCAUGGGCUCGUCUCUCAAUCCACGACACCCACGUCGGUCCCCACUUCGUACCAGCCGGAACCACCGCAAUGGUCAACAUGUACGCCAUCACCCACGACGAGAAGAUCUGGUCAAACCCUAACGAGUUCAACCCUGAGAGGUUCAUGGAGGAGGAUGUACCAAUCAUGGGUUCAGACCUUAGACUCGCACCAUUCGGAGCAGGACGUCGUGUCUGCCCCGGAAAGGCAAUGGGUAUGGCUACUGCUCAGCUGUGGUUGGCUCAGAUGCUUCAGAACUUCAAGUGGGUUCCGACCGAGAACGGUGUUGACUUGACCGAGUGCCUCAAGCUCUCUAUGGAGAUGAAAUCGUCUUUGGUGUGCAAGGCUGUUCCUAGGAUUGCUGCUUAAAUCAAUCAACUUAAAGGUUGUAAUGUAGUACGUGCUUUGUAAGGCACUAGUAGUACUACUUAAGAUUAUUAACAUAAGUGAAUUUCUCCAUGAUUUUGCACAUUGCUAAUUGGAGAAAUAUUCACAUUAGGUUAAAGCUUUCGAACUUGGUAGUUUGUUAGCUUUUAAAUUCCGUGCAUUGUCAUCGGUAUCUUGGCUAUGUAAUGUAAUCGUAUGUUCUAAAAACCAAAAAGUUAAUAUUAAUUUUCUGUUUUUAGUAUCUGGUUGUCUUCUUAAUUAUCUCAUUUUCUGCCUAGAUUCUUAUUAUAUCUCUUUUUGGAAUGCAUUAGUUUAGAUGUCUUAUUUUAUAAUUCUCCAAUGUGUCUAAAUUCUUGCUGAUUUUCUUUUCUUUUUUUUUUUUAAAUUUAUUUUUUAUUUUAUUUUUUUGGUAAUUUUUCUUACCUAGUAUCUUAUUUGGAAUUCUAAUUAUAUUUUUCUGAUUUUCUGCAACCUUUCUAGCAAUAUAAUUUACGUUGCUAGAAAUGUUGCAAUCUCUACCAUAUAUUGCUAGAAAAUAAUAUGGGUGUUGCAAUCUAACUCGUACUUGUAUUAGAAUAACAUUUUUUUUUUAUUGACAUUAUAGAUUAGUUUUAAUUUAUUCCUUAGCUUUUAGUAUAGUGUAGUUUAAUUGAUUUUAGUUUCCUAAAAUUUAGCUUAGGUCGGUCUUCUAUAUUCUCAUCUGUUUUAAAUAGGCUUGAUGACAGGAAAUAUUUUUGCCCAAGUUUCCUAAUUGAUUAAAUAUAUUAUGAAGUAUCAGAUUUUCUCAAAAGAUUUUUCUCUUUGUUAUUUCCUUUUUAAAAUAAUUACUACUAUAAAUUAAACACGUUUAAGAAGUAAGGGAAUUAGGGAAUACACGUUUAAAUGAUUGAAUCAUAUCUUUUUAGAAUUUAGUUUCCCACAAAUUGACUAGUAGUGCUACUUCCCUAUAAGAAUAAUAAGAUCGACAACAAAAAAAAAAUUAGGGUAUUCACUAAAGAUCGAUUAGAGGUUACAAUGGAAGACAACAACAAGAGCAAGAAUGUUCAUCAAAGUUUGUUUGGAGACCCGAAAAGAACCCAAGAACUAUUAUCAAUCGCCAUCGAAAAGGAAAUCAAACGAUCCGGAGGCAAAAACUUGUUUUGGGAGUCAAUAUUUCGUGCCAAUAGUUCCAAGAAAAAGCAAGUUAAUGGUUCAACUAGGGCUAAAAUAACCGAGACUUCUAUUAACCGAUGUGGUGCGUGCAAGAAACGGAUCAAAUUGAUCGGGUUUAUGUGCCGGUGUGGUGGCGUCUACUGUGGGUUGCACCGUUAUCCCGAGGUACACUCUUGUGGGUUCGAUCACAAAGCUCUUGGACGUCACGCUCUCUCUAAAACGUUGCAUGCUUGUGCAUUUAAGGCUACUAAAUUGAAUUAUAUUUAGACAAUAGAUGAUUUUGUUCCGGAGUAUUUUUUUUAGAUUCCACUC